UUGAUGAGGGGCACUGCCUUCCUACAGGUGCCCUCCGCACCAGGCUGUUGCGUUAGCCAGGCGGCUCCCAAGACAGGGGCCUGUGCUGGCUUCAUAAGGUUGUUUUGCCUUCCCCGGUGGCCUUUCGCACGGAGGUUAUUUCAGUAGCUUUGCUGAACUCAUAGUUGGUUUUCCUUUGUAAAGGUCUCACAGUCUUUUCCCCUCUGGUAACUCGCCGUGCACAAGAGGGAAACUAUGCAAGUAGCACCAGAAUUCCUCUCCCUGGUGACGGACCAAUUAUUCAGUCAAACAGUUCAGCACCAUCCAAGCAAACUGUUCUAUCUUGGCAAGCUGCAAUUGAUGCUGCUAGACAAGCCAAGGCUGCCCAAACUAUGAGCACCACAGCAGCCCAACCUGUAGGAUCUCUGUCCCAAAGAAAACGCCAGCAAUAUGCCAAGAGCAAAAAACAGGGUAAUACGUCUAACAGUCGGCCGCCCCGUGCCCUUUUCUGUUUGUCCCUCAAUAACCCAAUCCGAAGAGCCUGCAUUAGUAUAGUAGAAUGGAAACCAUUUGACAUAUUUAUACUACUGGCUAUUUUUGCCAAUUGUGUGGCCUUAGCUGUUUACAUCCCAUUCCCAGAAGAUGAUUCUAAUUCAACUAAUCAUAACUUGGAAAAAGUAGAAUAUGCCUUCCUGAUAAUUUUUACAAUUGAAACAUUUUUGAAGAUUAUAGCAUAUGGAUUAUUAUUACACCCCAAUGCAUACGUUAGAAAUGGAUGGAAUUUACUGGAUUUUGUAAUAGUAAUAGUAGGAUUAUUUAGUGUAAUUUUGGAACAAUUAACCAAAGAAGCAGAAGGAGGUAGCCACUCAGGUGGCAAACCAGGUGGCUUUGAUGUCAAAGCCCUAAGAGCCUUUCGUGUAUUGCGACCUCUCCGGCUCGUAUCAGGAGUGCCCAGUUUACAAGUUGUCUUGAACUCCAUUAUAAAAGCCAUGGUCCCUCUGCUCCAUAUUGCCCUUUUGGUAUUAUUUGUAAUCAUAAUUUAUGCUAUCAUAGGAUUGGAACUUUUUAUUGGAAAAAUGCACAAAUCAUGUUUUCUUAUUGGUACAGAUAUAUUAGUUGAAGAAGAUCCAGCACCUUGUGCGUUCUCAGGGAAUGGACGUCAGUGUUCAGUGAAUGGCACUGAAUGUAAAGGCAGCUGGGUUGGACCAAAUGGAGGCAUAACCAACUUUGAUAACUUUGCCUUUGCAAUGUUAACUGUGUUCCAGUGUAUAACCAUGGAAGGAUGGACUGACGUGUUAUACUGGAUGAAUGAUGCUAUGGGAUUUGAAUUGCCAUGGGUGUAUUUUGUCAGUCUCGUCAUCUUUGGGUCAUUUUUCGUACUAAAUCUUGUUCUUGGUGUAUUGAGCGGAGAAUUUUCCAAGGAAAGAGAAAAAGCCAAGGCCCGCGGGGACUUUCAAAAGCUACGUGAAAAACAGCAGCUUGAAGAGGAUCUGAAAGGAUAUUUAGACUGGAUUACCCAGGCAGAAGACAUUGACCCUGAGAAUGAGGAGGGUGACGAAGAAGGCAAACGCAACACAAGUAUGCCUACUAGUGAAACUGAGUCUGUGAACACAGAGAAUGUCAGUGGAGAAGGAGAGAACCCCGUAUGCUGUGGAAAGCUGUGUCAAACUAUCUCAAAAUCCAAGUUCAGUCGACGCUGGCGUCGCUGGAACCGAUUCAAUCGAAGAAGAUGUAGAGCUGCAGUAAAAUCGGUCUCAUUUUAUUGGCUGGUUAUUGUCUUAGUCUUUCUAAACACAUUGACUAUCUCAUCGGAGCAUUACAAUCAACCUAACUGGUUGACCCAGAUCCAAGAUAUUGCCAACAAAGUUCUUCUGGCUUUAUUCACCUGUGAAAUGUUAGUAAAAAUGUACAGCUUGGGCCUACAGGCUUAUUUUGUAUCCCUCUUUAAUCGUUUUGAUUGCUUCGUUGUUUGUGGUGGCAUUGUUGAAACCAUAUUGGUGGAGUUGGAAAUUAUGUCACCUCUUGGAAUCUCAGUGUUUCGCUGUGUUCGUCUUCUACGUAUUUUUAAAGUAACAAGGCACUGGACAUCCCUGAGCAACUUGGUAGCAUCCUUGUUAAACUCAAUGAAGUCCAUUGCUUCACUGUUGCUUCUGCUUUUCCUCUUCAUCAUAAUCUUCUCAUUGCUUGGAAUGCAGCUGUUUGGAGGCAAAUUUAAUUUUGAUGAAACUCAAACAAAACGGAGCACCUUCGAUAAUUUUCCACAAGCUCUUUUAACUGUAUUCCAGAUCCUAACCGGUGAAGACUGGAAUGCUGUUAUGUAUGAUGGCAUUAUGGCAUAUGGUGGUCCAUCAUCAUCAGGCAUGAUAGUCUGCAUAUACUUCAUUAUCCUCUUCAUUUGUGGUAACUAUAUCUUGCUAAAUGUCUUCUUGGCCAUUGCUGUGGAUAACUUGGCAGAUGCUGAAAGUCUGAAUACAGCUCAGAAAGAAGAAGCAGAAGAAAAGGAGAGGAAAAAGAAUGCCAGAAAAGAGAGUCUGGAAAAUAAAAAAGGUGACAAAUCGGAAGGUGACCAGAAGAAGUCCAAGGAUAGUAAGGUAACAAUUGCUGAAUAUGGAGAAGGAGAAGAUGAAGAUAAAGAUCCUUAUCCACCUUGUGAUGUACCAGUAGGUGAAGAGGAGGAAGAGGAGGAAGAAGAACCGGAGGUACCAGCUGGCCCACGGCCCCGAAGAAUAUCUGAACUGAAUAUGAAAGAGAAGAUUACACCAAUUCCUGAAGGGAGUGCCUUUUUCAUAUUCAGCAGCACCAAUCCAAUUCGAGUGGGGUGCCACAGGCUUAUCAACCACCAUAUUUUUACCAAUCUCAUCCUUGUCUUCAUCAUGCUGAGCAGCAUUUCUUUAGCAGCAGAAGACCCAAUUCGUAGUCAUUCUUUUAGAAAUAAUAUACUUGGUUACUUUGACUAUGCUUUCACAGCCAUCUUUACUGUUGAAAUCCUGUUAAAGAUGACAACUUUUGGAGCAUUCCUUCAUAAAGGUUCUUUCUGUAGGAAUUACUUCAAUUUGCUGGACUUGCUGGUUGUGGGUGUUUCUCUGGUAUCAUUUGGGAUUCAGUCAAGUGCAAUCUCAGUUGUGAAGAUACUGAGAGUUUUAAGAGUCUUGAGACCCCUAAGGGCAAUAAACAGAGCAAAGGGACUGAAGCACGUUGUUCAAUGUGUCUUUGUUGCUAUUAGAACUAUUGGCAAUAUCAUGAUUGUUACAACCCUGCUGCAGUUCAUGUUCGCCUGUAUUGGUGUACAGCUAUUCAAGGAAAAAUUCUAUCGGUGUAGUGAUGAAGCAAAGCAGAAUCCAGAGGAGUGCCGGGGAAUAUACAUUGUUUAUAAAGAUGGAGAUGUUGAUAAUCCAGUGGUUAGAGAAAGGGUUUGGCAAAAUAGUGAUUUCAACUUUGACAAUGUGCUGUCUGCCAUGAUGGCCCUUUUCACUGUUUCUACCUUUGAAGGCUGGCCAGCAUUACUGUACAAAGCCAUAGACUCAAAUGGAGAGAAUGUAGGCCCAGUAUAUAACUACAGAGUGGAGAUUUCCAUCUUCUUUAUCAUAUAUAUCAUCAUCAUUGCUUUCUUUAUGAUGAACAUAUUUGUCGGUUUUGUCAUUGUUACCUUCCAAGAACAGGGAGAACAAGAAUACAAGAACUGUGAGCUGGAUAAAAAUCAGCGCCAGUGUGUAGAAUAUGCCUUGAAGGCACGUCCACUGCGUAGAUACAUUCCAAAAAAUCCUUAUCAGUACAAGUUCUGGUAUGUGGUGAACUCCACUGGGUUUGAAUACAUCAUGUUUGUCCUCAUCAUGCUGAACACACUUUGCUUGGCCAUGCAGCACUACGAACAGUCAAAGCUUUUUAAUGAUGCAAUGGAUAUUUUGAAUAUGGUUUUCACGGGAGUAUUCACCGUUGAAAUGGUUUUGAAAGUCAUUGCAUUCAAACCCAAGGGCUAUUUUAGUGAUGCCUGGAACACGUUUGACUCCCUCAUCGUUAUUGGCAGCAUAGUAGACGUCGUUCUCAGUGAAGCUGAUCACUAUUUCACUGAUGCAUGGAACACUUUUGAUGCCUUAAUUGUUGUUGGUAGCGUCGUUGAUAUUGCUAUAACAGAAGUUAAUAACUCUGAAGACAGCGCUAGAAUCUCCAUCACUUUUUUCCGUCUCUUCCGGGUGAUGCGACUGGUGAAGCUUCUCAGCAGGGGUGAAGGAAUCCGAACUUUAUUGUGGACAUUUAUUAAGUCAUUUCAGGCUCUGCCAUAUGUUGCUCUUCUGAUAGCUAUGCUGUUUUUCAUCUAUGCUGUAAUCGGAAUGCAGGUUUUUGGGAAAGUUGCCAUGAGAGACAAUAAUCAAAUUAACAGGAAUAACAAUUUCCAGACUUUCCCCCAGGCAGUGUUGCUGCUGUUCAGGUGUGCAACUGGGGAAGCAUGGCAGGAAAUUAUGCUGGCCUGUUUACCUGGAAAGCGCUGUGAUCCAGAAUCUGAUUAUAAUCCAGGGGAAGAAUACACAUGUGGAAGCAAUUUUGCCAUUAUUUAUUUCAUCAGUUUUUAUAUGCUCUGUGCAUUUUUGAUUAUCAACUUGUUUGUGGCAGUCAUCAUGGACAAUUUUGAUUAUUUGACACGUGACUGGUCUAUUCUGGGACCUCAUCAUUUGGAUGAAUUCAAAAGGAUAUGGUCUGAGUAUGAUCCUGAGGCAAAGGGCAGAAUAAAGCAUCUUGAUGUAGUUACAUUGUUGCGUCGUAUUCAGCCUCCACUUGGCUUUGGCAAGUUAUGUCCCCAUCGAGUGGCAUGCAAGAGGCUAGUAGCCAUGAACAUGCCACUAAACAGUGAUGGAACAGUCAUGUUCAAUGCUACAUUAUUUGCUUUGGUGAGGACAGCUCUGAAGAUCAAAACAGAAGGGAAUCUAGAGCAAGCAAAUGAAGAACUUAGAGCAGUUAUAAAGAAAAUCUGGAAGAAAACCAGCAUGAAGCUCCUUGAUCAAGUUGUUCCUCCAGCUGGUGAUGAUGAGGUAACCGUGGGGAAGUUCUAUGCCACCUUCCUGAUACAGGACUACUUUAGGAAAUUCAAGAAACGCAAAGAACAAGGACUGGUGGGGAAAUAUCCUGCGAAGAACACCACGAUUGCUCUACAGGCGGGACUAAGGACACUUCAUGACAUUGGUCCUGAAAUUCGUCGAGCUAUAUCCUGUGACUUGCAAGAUGAUGAGCCAGAAGAAAAUAACCAAGAGGAAGAGGAAGAUGUCUAUAAAAGGAAUGGUGCCCUGUUUGGAAAUCACAUAAACCAUGUAAGCAGUGAUAGAAGAGAUUCGUUUCAGCAGAUCAAUACCACACACCGUCCCCUGCAUGUCCAGCGGCCUUCAAUUCCAUCUGCAAGUGACGCCGAGAAAAACAUAUAUGCUCAUGCAGGAAAUUCCGUGUUCCACAAUCAUCAUAACCACAACUCAGUAGGAAAGCAAGUUCCAAAUUCAACAAAUGCCAAUCUCAAUAAUGCCAACAUGUCCAAAGUUGCUAAUGGAAAGCACCCAAACGUUGGAAAUCAUGAGCACAGAUCUGAAAACGGGUAUCACUCAUACUCCAGAGUUGAUCAUGAUAAACAUAGAAGAUCAAGCAGCAAGAGAACACGAUAUUAUGAAACUUACAUUAGGUCAGAAUCUGGUGAUGGGCAUCUACCCACUAUUUGCCGUGAAGAUCAUGAUGUUCGAGAUUAUUGCAAUGAUGAUCAUUAUUUUGGAGAGCCCGAAUAUUUUAGUGGAGAAGAAUAUUAUGAAGAAGACAGCAUGUUGUCAGGAAACAGGCAUACAUCUGACUAUAACUACAGAUAUCACUGUCAUGACUCUGAUUUUGAGCGACCAAAAGGUUACCAUCACCCACAUGGGUUUUUUGAAGAAGAUGAUUCACAGAUCUGUUAUGAUGCAAAAAGAUCUCCUAGAAGACGGUUGCUACCUCCCACGCCAACACCAAAUCGUCGAUCUUCCUUUAACUUCGAAUGCCUCCGCAGACAAAGUAGUCAAGAUGAUAUAACACUCUCUCCUACUUUCCACCACCGCACUGCUUUACCACUGCACUUAAUGCAACAACAGGUCAUGGCUGUUGCAGGUCUGGAUUCCAGUAAAGCACAUAAGCAUUCACCAAGUCGUUCAACACGUUCCUGGGCCACCCCACCAGCCACCCCUCCCAACAGGGACCGUACUCCAUAUUACACCCCUCUCAUCCAAGUUGACAGGGCUGAAUCUACAGAACACAUGAAUGGCAGCCUGCCUUCUUUGCAUAGGAGCUCCUGGUACACAGACGAUCCUGAUAUCUCCUACCGAACAUUCACACCAGCCAGUUUAACCGUACCUAAUGACUUUAGGCAUAAACAUAGUGACAAACAAAGAAGUGCAGACAGCUUGGUAGAAGCGGUACUUAUAUCUGAAGGCCUUGGGCGAUAUGCAAAGGACCCUAAAUUUGUUUCAGCAACGAAACACGAGAUUGCUGAUGCUUGUGACAUGACUAUUGAUGAGAUGGAAAGUGCAGCAAGUAACCUUCUCAAUGGAAACAUUAGCAGUGGGACCAAUGGGGAUAUGUUUCCCAUUUUAAGUAGGCAAGAUUAUGAACUUCAAGACUUUGGUCCGGGUUAUAGUGAUGAAGAACCAGACACUGGUAGAUAUGAAGAGGACUUAGCUGAUGAAAUGAUAUGCAUUACAACUUUAUAGUAUUUAGCAAGGAGAAAAUGAUUUCAAUAACAGAAAAAGUGCCUCAUAGUUCAAAGAUGCUAGGCACUAGUUGGAAGUAAUAAUGAAACUAGUUUUGUACAAGUGAUGUCACACCUCAAGGAAGCCAUAAUUUAUUUAUUAGUGUCUCUAGGUUGUUGAAAUGUGAUCAAAGCUGCAAUGUGUCAAGUCCUUUUCCACAGAAUCUUCAGUUCCUUUGCAGGAAUAGGGUUAUGUCAAACCAGAUUCUGACAAUCCCAUUUUCAGAGGGCUAGAGAAGGAUUUUGAGGUGUAAUAUCUUGCCUGUCUUUUAAUCUUGUGCUACUGUCCUUCAUAGUGAAGCAGAAGUUUGUCAAAGCAAUGUCAGUAAAAGUCCAGCACAAAAGUAUGUGGAGAAGAUGACCAUGUAAGACAGGUGAUGACAAUCAGAAGCGUCAUUACCUCUGCGUUCAAUAGCAUAUCAAAUAUUCACAGCAUAUCCAUUCCGAUUUUGUUUUCAAACUUGCCUCCUGGUUUUUUUGUUUGUUUUUUUUACCAUUAUUCUAAGAUACAAUGUGUCAUGCUCUACCUGUUAGAGAUCAUUAAAAAAAGAAACCAGAAAACCUUUCUGUCAUAUGUAACACCAGUUUACAUAGGAAAAUAUCAUUCAGAUAGUCUGUUUUAUGACUAUCAUGUUAAGGGCAAAAUAUACUGGAAUAAUUGCAUUCUUACUAAUGCACUUGCAACCAGGUUAAAGUAGAAUUAGAUAAGAUAGUUUGUUUAAAAAUUAUAUAGUAGAAAUUAUUGUAAAUGAAUUGUAAUAUACAAUAAUUUGUAUUUGUAAAGAGAUGUUCUAUAUUUUGUAAUUAUUGUACCGUAAUUGAACUGCAGCAAUAUUUAUGGACCCUAAUUAUUGUAAUUCUCCACAGAAUUCUAGAUAUAAGUAUUUUUACUCGGAUUAUAUAGUUCUAUAGGAUAAAUAUUUAAAUAGAGCCACCUUCUCAAUGUAAAUCUCUUUUUUGGAUAUAAUGUCAAGUUUUAAAGGAAACUUGACAACACAGAUUUUUUUAAAAAAAUAUUUUAAGUCAAUACAAAUCUGUCUUUACAUAAGGGAUGCACAGUUGACUAUUUGCAGUCUUAUACAUGAAAAGUUAAAAAUGAACUUAUUUUAAAAUUUUUGAUUGACAAUAAACUGUGAUUUUAUCUUUUAAUAACCCCACAAAAUAGAUCAUACUGAUUUUGAAAAUUGGCGAGACCAUACCAAGGUACUAUUAACCUUGUGACAAUUAUGAAUUUUAACAAAAAUGAUAAUUUUAACUAAGUUGUUUGCCUCCGUAUAUAGCAUUUGAUUUGGAAAUAACUUUGCAGCUGGAUUAAAAUUUUAUUGAAUCCCUUGUAUGUGUCGCUCUUCUCAUAAUGAAAAAUCUAAUCAAGUGACUCUACAGAAUCAAAAGAUUCCUGAGAAGCUAAAUAGUACUUUGUUGCCUCUACCCUUUCUGCUGGUCUAGCUAAAGGAUUUGUUUUUAUGCAAUCAAAAGAGGGCUUAGAUAUUGUUCACAAUGCAGUAAAACCCUGAUACAAGUUUUUGAGAUUAGUACAGCCUUGAAGAAAAAUAAAAAAAUCUCAAAAUCUGUUUAUUUUCUUAACACUGGAUAAAACUGACUUGUUGCUGACAAGUUGUCUUAUCAGGAUUUACCUGUACUUCACAAGAUAGGUAACAAUUCAGUUCACAUUUUUAAAAUGUGAUGUUUAAAACCUGUCAAUAAACAUUUUGUACAUAAUGUCAAUUUCCUAUGGAUACCUUACAGACCUCCUCUGGAAUCAUUCUUAUUCAAAUGCCAGGAUAAUAACUUAAGUAUUUGUAAAUUAUUUCUUGACCUACAUCAUUUUGUAUUAAAACAAAUGCAAAAUGUUCUUCAGAAUAAAACUGUGUAAUAAUUUUAUUAUACUUUGGACUCCUUUCCAUGAAUGGCAUCUCUAAAAGUUAAAUUCUUAGUGCAGUGUUUAGAGGGAAAGGACAUCCUUUCAUUUGGAAAAUAUGAUCCUUAGCCCAGAAUACUACAGUCCUUAACUUCCUUUAUAUGAGUGCUCUUCUGCAUAAAAAAAUCCAGAUACUUGAAGCUGAACAGGAGAUUUGUGUAUAAUGGGACAUCUUUAACAAGCCUGGAAAAAGAUAUUUAAAAAAAAACUAUUCUGUAAUGAAUAAGAUAUUUUUAACUAAAUCAUCCCCUACAGGCUAUCAGUUUGAGUCUUGCAUAUAUGCCACUUUCAACUAGGAUUUGCUGAGUUGGUUAUUUAGCAUUAAUCACUUCAAGUGUUUUCCUAGCUUACAAAAAACAGAACACUUUGAAAGUCUAGAAAAUAAUAGUUCCAGCUCAGAUGAGAUUAGCAUAAAAGUGGCAGUGGAGAAUUUCUAAAUUGGGAAGCAUAUAAUCGUGAAGCUGUAGAGACUUCAGUGGAUUAAUUCUCUAAAAAAGACCACCUUUAAGAUCAGAAGUUGGACACACAAAUUUACUUACUGCUUUUGAAAUCCUUCACUUAAAUCUCCUUGCUAUAGUGAUUCUUCAUAAGAGAUUCCAAAUUCUAUAGAUGACAUAAGUUACAUUUCUAAAACUAAGGCCCCAGUCCUACAAUAGAAUAUCCCCAACUCUUAUACUUGCAUAAAGACUAACUGACUUCCUUAGGACUUUAUGCACACAACUCACUUAAAAUAUAUCUCCUUAAUUAGAGCAGAUUCAUUUUUUUUUUUUUACAGGAAAAUACAGACUUUUAAAAAUUAUAGUUUAAAAAUGGGUUAUAAUGGUCAAUACUUCACUAUUACAACAAUAGAGCGGGGAUGGAAAUGUGUUAUAGAAUAAAGAUGCAUAGAACUUUCUACUUAGCAGUAAUACUGUAAGUCAGUACAAGUGUCUGUUUAAUGUCUACCCUUUAAACUCUUGUGAUUUGCAUUCAAUAAUUCCUUUAAUUAUGGAAAAUAACAGCAAUAGAUUGCCCUAUUUAAGCACAUCUGCCACAUUUGUAGGUCACUCUAUGUAUACCUUUCCACACAUACUGACCUAUUAAUAAAGCAUCCAGUCAUUAAUAGUUGUUGGAACAGACAUGGUCAAAUACAAUUUUUGCUAAGGAUAAUAUCAUCCACAAUUUGCACAGUAUAUUUUGGGAGUCAAAAGACCAGAGACCCAUCAUUCAAAAAUUGCUUGCAUCAUCUAAGAUGUGCCUGGUUUUCAUCAACAAUAACUCUUCAUUUUAAAUGUAUUUUUGUAAUAAAGUCUGUAAAUGAAUUAAUUCUUCUGCAAGUUUAGGUUUUCUGUAAAUAAGUUUUAAAUCCUAACCCAUCUGAUUGGCUGGGUCUAUAGGGUCACAUCACUUGGCUACCUCUGCUGAAAGCAAGUAUUUGAGUGACCUUUCAGAAACUCUGAAGACAAGAAAAAGUCAGUUUUACAAAUACUGCUAACUUUUUAUGUUUUUAAAAACAAUCUUUCACACUGAAGCAAACAUUAUAUGGGAAAAUCCAUACAAAAAGUAUACUUAAGGCCAAUCUUUGUUUUAUUCCAUUUUGCUAUUCCAAAUAUCUGUUGUUGAAUAAAUAUCUUCUCUAGCUUGAUUGUCAGUGAAUUCAGUUCAUGUCUGAGAGAGAGCAAAGAAAAUCUACUGCCAAGGAAAUGACAGGGAUCUCAUUAGCACAGGCUCCAGUAGAUAAAAAGAAUGAGGAAACUCCUAUAUGGCGCACAGAACCAGUAAGAUGCUGGCAUACUAAGAAUAGUAACAAUCCCAGCUCAAACAGACGUUGUUAACUGUAUUAGUAUCCUGAAGACUCUUCAGGAAGGCUUCUGCUGCUCACUUUGAGGAAAAGUGCAAACAGAUGGACUUGUAGUAUCAUUUGUACUACAACAUAAUGGGUGUGUUUACACAUGUCGCUAUGGCGACGUUGCUACUGCACCCUGAUUUAGUACUUCCUAUACCAGGAAGCACAUCGCUAUGAUGACAUAGCUGCUGGUCAAGCACAGACGCCCACAGAUGCUACAGCAACGUAGCAUCAAUGAAAAGAAAAUUUUUAUACAAGAGUCUAAGAAGCUUGAUUUUUCUGGACCCACCAGAAAAUGCUUGCUGUAACUCAAAGUGAGGUUAAGGUAAUUUUAAACAUGCUUCUGCAUCCUUCCACUCUUGGGCUGGUAGGCUCCAGCCUAGUCAUACCAUAUUUGAGCAUCUUGCAUGAACUACCAACAGCCCCCUGAGGCUAUCUGGAUAUAAGAACCACUUAAUCUGGAACCCACAAGACUGGACAAGGGCCAGCACAGGAGCCACCACUGCCAGCUCUGCACCACCCGAGGAUUUGGUUCAAUGGACAAAAUUCUCAAGGAACCGAUCCACUGCUGUACACCUGGUUUGAAUCACAGAAAUGACAUAACUCAGUCCUAGCCCUCUGGAGAUGAGGGCCUAAAUUAAUAAAAUAACUGCAGCUUCACAACAAUUAGAGUAAGUAUGGAUAAAGGAAAAAAAGAAAGGAAAAU